UUGUAGGCUUCUCGACCAUCAUCUUGGACACAUUUUAUAGAAAUGAUUCAUUUCUUAUAUGUUUUUUAAGUUUUAGCUCAGAAUUUGAGUAGAUUUUUAAAAUUUUCCGAGCCUUGGGGUUAUGAUAUAAAAGUGUAAGAUGGACCAACUCAACGACACAUCUAACCAGUCUUCCAUUUCCUUCCGCAAUGAUGAAAUCGUAUCACGUCCAGAAUCCAACAUGAAGAAAUCCAUUAUCUGCGCUUCGCUGAUCUACACCAUUCUAAGUUAUAUAAAUACAUUUGGCAAUAUAGCAAUGUAUUUGGUAUCGUAUAUGCGUGUGACUGCGAAGAAUCCAGGCAUUAAUUACAGUGUGAUUUCAUACAUUUUCUCAACUGCUGUGUUACUUCAAAGUCUAAGUGGAUUCCUAACAUCGUUUGUUGAGAAAGCUCUGGGUACUAGAAAGGCUACAAUUCUUGGAUGUGUUCUCACCUCUCUAUCACUUAUCGCUUGCUCAUUUAAUCUUCACAAUUUCAGAACACUCAUUUUCUAUUACUCAGUUCUAGGCGGUGUUGCUUCAGGAUUGAUCUUACCAUUACCGUUGGAUGCAGCGAUAAGAACUAAUCCAUCUAAGAGAGGAUAUAUUUGCGGAUCAGUAUACUUUUACAGUGGACUUUUAACUGUGGCGUUGUGUCCACUACAGACCUUUUACAUUAACAAAUAUAACACAAGACUAGAAAAUAUUAUUAAUCCUACAGAUAGAGAAGUGUAUUACAGAGAUGAUAAAUUGUUGACAAGACUUCCAAAUCUUUUCAUACUUCAAGGACUUGUAUAUCUUUUCCUACUGUUUGUUUCUGUUGUUGUAUUUGAUUUUCCACGAGACUCUGUUCAAACUGAACCUGAAUAUGAAUCUUUCAUUACCAAAAGAAUUAAUCUAGGAUCUGAUGAAACGGCUGGUGAUAGAACUGAGCAUUUUAGGCAUUAUCUAUAUCUGUGGCUGCUUAUAUUCCUGAGCUGGCAGUCAAUUAUAUUCUUACAAUCCUACUGGAAAGUAGUGGCUCUGUUAAAACUCGAUGGUUCUGAUAUCUUCAUCACUCUUAUCGGUGCUGCCGCUUCUCUAAGUCAUGUUAUAGGACGUAUACUUUGGGGUAUAAUUUUUGAUUUAAUUGGAUGGAGGCAUUGUUGGAUAAUACUUGUAGUGAGUACCCUAGCUCUCACCUUCAGUUCCUACAUACUAUAUCAAACUAACUUAAUAAUUUACUCCAUUUGGGUUACCAGUUUCUUCUUUGUUAACGCAGGCAUUUUCUCUAUCGGACCCAUGACUGCACACCACUUCUUCGGACCAAAAAAGUUUGUAAUGAGUGUUGGAUUUUUGAAUACAGCUCGAGCGGUGUCAGGUUUAACUGCACUGCUAUAUACUCGGUUUAAAUUUUCCAAAUGGAACGAAUAUUUGCCGGUCACCAUUUCACUCAUCUGUCUCGGAAGUCUUUUACUCAUAAGACUCUUCAAAUAA